AUGGGAGCCGCCAGUCUUGAACAGGACAUGCUCGAUCUCAAAAAGUCGCUGCAGGAUGCCCAAAGCAAAGGAAGUACAUCGCAAACGCUGGAUCUGUUGAAGCAGUUGAGGAAGUUUACAGUUACUGCCGCUCUUCUUCGGAAAACAGAGAUGGGCUUGUUUGUGAACAAGAUGAAGACACAUUCGGAUGCAGAGGUUUCGAGGAUGGCAAAGGAUAUUGUGAAGAACUGGAAAAACCAGGUGGCAAGCGAAGCAGCGUCUUCAUCCUCCUCGACCACGACAACCGUUUCGACCACUACCACCGUCAAGGCAGGAUCGGCGGUCGUCAGCAAGUCCUCGACCACGACGUCGUCCUCGUCUGUCACAUCAUCAUCAACAUCAUCAGCAUCAUUAUCAUCAUCAUUGUCAUCAUCGAGGCCGACUGUCGACACAAAGCCUACGGCCGCUCAGAUUCAGAACACAUCAAGGGAAGGAUCUUCCAAUGCUAGCUCGCCAAGGACGCCGACAGAUACACCUAGAGAUCGUACGAUCCGAUCGGAUGGGAUGCGUAUCAAGACUACUGGGAAUGAUGUGCGGGAUAAAUGCAUUGAGAUGUUGUACCAGGCGCUUGGAACUAGUUCGAAUGCAGAAUCGGAACGUUUACUGAAAAAGGCGACGAACAUUGAGGCGAUUGUGUUCAGGAAGUUGUCGCCGGAUGGGUCACCAAGUCAGGCAUACAGAGCCAAGAUCCGGUCGUUCUUUAUGAAUUUACGCGACAAGAGCAACCCGAAGCUGCGUGAGGCGGUUGUGGAUGGCGAUGUGGCGGUGGAGGACUUUUGUGAGUACACGACGGCGGAUAUGGCAUCAGCAGAGGCAAAGGCGCGUGAUCGGGAGAUCCAGCUGCAGAACAUGUUUUUGGCCAAGGGAGCGGAGGAGCAGCAGGCGGAGACGGAUAUGUUCAAGUGCGGCAAGUGCAAGGGACGGAAGACUAGAUACUACCAGAUGCAGACGCGUUCGGCGGAUGAGCCGAUGACGACGUUCGUGACCUGUAUCAAUUGUGGUAACCGCUGGAAGUUUUCAUAA